AUGAGUCCCCCCGCCGUCCCCUCUACCGGCCCCUCCGCUGCAUCUGACGGCCCCGCCGUCCCCUCUGCCGGCCCCGCCGCUGCACUUGACGGCCCCGCCGUCCCCUCUGCCAACCCCGCCGCUGCACCCGACGGCCCCGCUGUCCCCUCUGCCGGCCCCGCCGCUGCUUCUGACGGCCCCGCCGCUGCACCUGACGGCCCCGCCGUCCCCUCUGACGGCCCCGCCACUGCACCUGACGGCCCCGCCGUCCCCUCUGACGGCCGCGCCACUGCACCUGACGGCCCCGCCGUCCCCUCUGACGGCCCCGCUGCUGCACCUGCCGGCCCCGCCACCUCAUCUGCAGGCCCCGCCGUCUCACCUGCCGGCCCCGCUGCUGUACCUGACGGCCCCGCCGCUUCACCUACCGGCCCCGCCACUACCCCUGACGGCCCAGCCACUGCAUCUCCCGGCCCCGCAGCUGCAUCUCCCGGCCCCGCCGCCCUAGCAACUGCGCCGCCCCAGCAGCCGAGCCGCCCCAGCAGCCGAGCCGCCCCAGCAGCCGAGCCGCCCCAACAGCCGAGCCGCCCAAGCAGCCGAGCCGCCCGAGCCGCCCGAGCCGCCGAGCCGCCCGAGCCGCCCAGCAGCCGAGCCGCCGAGCCGUCCGAGCCGCCCGAGCCGCCCGAGCCGCCCGAGCCGCCCGAGCCGCCUGCACUGCCCUGUCUGGUGAGCACUGAGCUUUACUCUGUGCACUGCCCUCACCCUACUGCAGUCAUGGCUACCCCUAGUGUCCUCACCUUUGACGCUGAGGGCAGAGCCAUUGACUUUGACGUGUGGGUAGACGACCUGCUGCUUUUCCUACAGUGCGACAGAGCUGACGGCCUCUCUCUCUUUGAUCUCACUUCUGGUGCCUCUCGAGCCCCUGCUGCUACUGAGGAUGCCACUGUUCGAUCACAGUGGGCCACACGCGAUGCUGCUGCACGUCUUGCUGUGCGUCGCCACCUCCCUCCCUCUGAGCGUGCACAUUUUGGGUCGUACAAGAGUGCUCAGACCUUGUACGACGCCGUUAUUGCACGCUACUCCUCCCCUGCCACUGCUGCACUGAGCCGCCUCAUGCUACCGUACCUCUUUCCCGACCUUGCUUCUUUUGCCACAGUCACCGACCUCAUUACCCACCUGUGCACUAGUGACGCUCGCUUCCGCGCUGCGCUUCCUGCUGACUUCUGCGCCAAGAACCCCCCCCCCCAUUUGGUUUUGAGUCGGUCGGUGCGGCGUCUGCCCCCGGUGGGAGACGUCGCUCUGGCAAGGGCAAGGGGGGCAGGAGCGGUGGUGGAGGCGGCGGGGGCGGUGGAGGCGGCGGUGGAGGCAGCGGAGGAGGUGGGGGUGGUAGCGGGAGUGGUGGCGGGAGUGGAGGUGUCAGCGGCGGCAGUGGAGGCGGGGGCGGCAGCGGCGGUGGUGGUGGGAGUGGAGGCGGAGGCGGCGGUGGCGGCGGCGACGGUGGGAGUGGCGGUGGCAGCGGAGGUGGUGGCGGCGGCGGCGGAGGAGGCGGCGGCGGAGGUCGUGGCUCGUCGCAGAGGGGUGGCUCCGGUGGUGAGGGGUGGGGGUACUGGUCCGUGCACCUACGUCCUGCGCACUGGCGACCGUGCGGGUGAGCCGUGUGGUGGUCCGCACUCCACCCAGCGCUGCUUCGGCCGCCUGACUGACGCUUGGCGCCGCCAGUUUCCUGACGCCUCUGAGAUCCCUCGCUGGGACCAGCUGUCUAGGGCAGGAGUAGCUAUCUUUGAUCUUGACUUUGAUGCUAUUCUUGCUGCCAUGUAUGCUGUGACUAUUAGUGAGGAGGGUGACUGUUACCGGUGUUUCCCGCCAGACCCAGGCAUUGGUAUUGCGGCUCUAGGUGUUGUUGAGGCUGCUGCUCCAGGUGCUGGUGAGGCUGUCGCUCUAGGUGCCAGUGAGUCUGUGUCCUCAGGUGCUGGUGAGUCUGCUCUCUCAGGUACUGCGUCGGCUCCGCCCUCUCUCACCUUCACUCUUGACUCAAGAGCGUCUCGCUCCUUCUUUCGAGACCGCACCACACUCACGCCGCUUAGUCGGCCAGUGGCAGUCUCCCUGGCGGACCCCUCUGGGGGUCCUGUUCUGGCUCGCUACUCCACUGUCCUGCCGUGCACUCCGGUCCCGUCUGGCUCCCUGUCCGGUCUCUACCUCCCCUCGUUCUCUACGAACUUGGUGGCGGGUGCUGACCUACAGGAUGCAGGGGUUGACCAGUUCACCCCUGCGCGCCGACGGGACACCCACUGCACGGACGCGGACACGUGUCAACACUUGACCACCUUCACACGUGGGCCGGGAUCGAGCCUGUACACACUCACUGUUCCGUCUCCUCCUCCUGCGUCUGGUCAGGUAGCUGCGUCGGGUCAGGUGUUUGCUGCAGCGUCCAGGUCUGGUCCUGAGUCUGCCCCCUGCUCGUGUCGCCUCCUGUCCCACGAGACCCUCCUGUGGCACCACCGCAUGGGUCACCCCUCCUUGCCUCGUCUCCGGGGCAUGGCCUCUCGCCUUCUUGUCUCUGGUCUUCCCCGGUCCCUCCCUCCCCUUCCUCCGGGGCCUGGCCCUCCCUGUGUCCCCUGUGUCGAGGGUUGCCUGCGGGCUUCCCCUCACUCCUCCCCGUUUCCUCCGACGGAGGCCCCGAUGCAGACGCUUCACAUGGACGUGUGGGGCCCAGCCCGCGUCCGUGGACAGGGUCACGAGCGCUACUUCCUGCUGGUGGUUGACGACUACUCGCGUUACACCACAGUCUUCCCCUUGCGCACCAAGGGUGAGGUCACUGAGACCUUCACGCUUCCGGACUCUCCACAGCAGAAUGGGAUUGCUGAGCGCCGCAUCGGCAUCGUCAUGGACGUCGCCCGUACGUCCAUGGUGCAUGCGGCUGCCCCCCAUUUUCUGUGGCCGUUUGCGGUUCGGUACGCCGCGCAUCAGAUCAACCUUCAGCCCAGGGUCUCCAGACCGGAGACCUCCCCAGCUUUGCUGUGGACGGGGAAGGUUGGCGAUGCGUCGGCGUUCCGUGUCUGGGGAUCUCGGGCGUUUGUCCGUGACUUGUCUGCGGACAAGCUGUCCCCUCGCGCUGCUCCUUGCGUCUUCCUGGGGUUCCCCCCCGACGCCCCUGGGUGGCAGUUCUACCACCCCACCUCUCGACGUGUUCUGUCCUCCCAGGACGUCACGUUCGACGAGUCGGUUCCCUUCUACCGGCUCUUCCCCUACCCCACUCCAUCCCUCCCCCCGCCGCCCCUCUUCCUGGUAGACGCGGUCGAGCCUGUCGAGGUCACUGGUGACUCUAGUGCUGCUGCGGGUGCGGAGCCUCGGGGUGCUGAGCCUGGGGGUGCUGAGCCUGGGGGUGCUGAGCCUGGGGGUGCUGAGCCUGGGGGUGCUGAGACUUGGGGUGCUGAGCCUGGGAGUACUGCGUCUGGGGGUGCUUCGCCUGGGAGUGCUGCGCCUGCUGCUUCUGUUCCUGGUGGUUCUCCGGACCAUUCUUCGCGCCGUGAGGUGCUCUCUCCUCUGGAGCUGCGUGAGUGGUUUGCCCGGCGCUGGAGGCGAGCUGCUGGAGCUGGGGGUGCUGCGGGUGCUGGAGGUUCUGUUUCUGCCGAGGGAGCUGGUACCUCCGGUCCCGGAGGUGCUCGUACUGAGAGUACUGGAGCUGCCGGGCCCGGGGGUGCCUCCAGAGCUGGAGCUGCUGCGGGUGCUGGCGCUGAGACUACGACUGUCGGUCCUACUGCGGGUACUUCUGGCGCUGCUGGAGGUGCUGGAGUUGGAGCUGCUACUGGUGCUGGUGCUGCCUCUGGAGGUGUUGGUGCUGUCCCUGCUGUCCCUGGCGGUGCUGCGCGGCCUCGGCCGUACUUCGUUCCGCUCCUUCAGCAGGUUCUUGGUCUCCCGCCUUCCGCUGGUCCUUUUCCUCCCGUAGAGUGUCCACAGCCUAUCCCGUCGCAGUCACAGUUACAGCCCGCCUCUCCCCUGCCUUCUCCUUCUCCCUACACUGAUCCUACUGGAGGUCUUGCUGAGCGUCGUGAGCCUGCGUCCCGCCCUGCGUCGCCAGUCCGAGCUGCUCGCCCUAGUGGUCGCGGUUCGCGUCAGCGUCCUCCUCCUGCCCCUGGCACACACAGGAUGUCUCUGCGUCCGUCCACUGCUCCUCUGCGUGCCCCUUUGCCUUCUCCUCCUCAGUCUUCUCUUCCUACACUUGCCGACCCGGAGUCGGACUCUCACCGUGCUGCCAGUCCUACUGUCACGCGUCUUCUUGCUACUCUUGUCACUGACCCUUCCUUUGAGUCCGCUGCUGCGUCUGCCCUAGUUGCUGAGCUGGCCGACUUUGCUGCUGCGUGUCGUCUAGACUACGCUGCCAGUCUUGUUGCUGAGUCUGCUGAGUCUGCUGAGUCUGCGUCUGCUGCGUCUGCGUCUGCCUGUCCUCCGUCCGUCGGGGGUGACUGUGCUCUUGGCACGGACGUCCUUGAGGACAGGCAGGAGGAGUUCCAGUGCUUUGCCGCCGCUUUGCCCCAUCUCGUGUCCAUGCUUGUUGCCCCUGAGGGAGACCCGGAUGCUCUAGACAUCCCGACCCCACGCUCUUACGCAGAGGCGAUGGCCGGUCCCUACUCCUCUCAGUGGCAGUCAGCCAUGGACGCAGAGAUGGCUUCCUGGAAGUCCACAGGCACCUACGUUGACGCUGUUCCCCCUCCUGGGGCGAACAUUGUCAGUGGCAUGUGGAUCUUCAGGGUGAAGCGGCCGCCGGGUUCUCCGCCUGUCUUCAAGGCGCGCUACGUGGCUCGUGGCUUCAGUCAGCGACAGGGAGUUGACUUCUUUCAGACCUUCUCCCCGACCCCGAAGAUGACCACUCUUCGGGUUCUACUGCACGUCGCUGCUCAGCGUGACUACGAGCUACACUCUCUUGACUUCAGCACUGCUUUCCUGCAGGGCCGCCUGCACGAGGAGAUCUGGCUGCGCCGCCCUCCUGGCUUCACUGGGUCGUUCCCUCCCGGUACCCAGUGGAGCCUCCGGCGGCCAGUCUACGGUCUCCGCCAGGCGCCGCGUGAGUGGCACGACACACUGAGGACUACACUUGCGGCUCUUGGGUUUGCUCCUUCUACUGCUGACCCGUCGCUGUUUCUGCGCACCGACACCUCGCUGCCGCCGUUCUACAUCCUCGUGUACGUCGACGACUUGGUCUUUGCCACUGCGGACACUGCUGCACUCGCCCACGUGAAGUCCGAGCUGCAGAAGAGACACACGUGCACAGACCUGGGUGAACUGACAAGCUAUCUUGGCUUGCGGAUCACCCGGGACAGAGCACGCCGCACCAUUACCCUGACUCAGUCACACAUGGUGCAGCAGGUCCUUCAGCGCUUCGGCUUCACGUACUCCUCGCCUCAGUCCACUCCUUUGCCUACCGGACACUCGCUCUUAGCUCUGCCUUCGGAUGAGUCCGUAGAGUCGAGUGGUCCGUAUCCAGAGCUUGUGGGCUGCCUCAUGUACCUAAUGACCUGCACUCGACCUGACCUCGCAUACCCUCUCAGCAUCUUAGCACGCUAUGUUGCUCCCGGCCGUCACCGGAAGGAGUACAUGGAUGCAGCUAAGAGGGUGUUGCGCUACUUGUGCAGUACCUCCAGCUGUGAGGCUGAGAUCUACGCCACGGCCAUGGCUGCCCAGGAGCUUCGCUGGCUCACCUACCUGCUGACUGACCUUGGAGAGCGGCCUCGUUCUCCUCCAGUGCUGUACGUCGACAACAAGGCAACCAUUGCCUUGUGUCAGGAGCACAGACUGGAGCACAGGACGAAGCACAUUGCUCUGCGCUACUUCCUUGCUCGAGAGCUGCAGCAGCGUGGUCAGCUUCGCCUGCGUUUCGUGGCCACUGAGGCCAACACUGCUGAUGUGUUCACCAAGGCAAUUCCGCCUCGUGACCAUCAGCGCUUUUGCACUCUGCUAGGCCUUGUGCCCACUGGGCCUCACUUGCUUACCUCUUGA